UGGUUCACACACAUAUGAACAUAAUGGAAAAAGCCACUUUAAACUGCCAAUAGUGUCAAUGUCAAAAUAAAAUUGAAAACGGCGUGUUAUCAUUAUUCGUAAUAUUGUAAUAUUUGUUUUGUUUUCUUUAAAUUCGUUAACAUUAAUAUUAACAACAAUCUGUGCUCCUUAAUUUUAAUUCCAAAAACAAAUACAAAUUUAUCAUGAGCAAGGACCAAAAGAAGGACAACAUGGAUUCGCUGGUCGAAGCACUACAGUCCACCAAAGUGUCUUCAAGUGGUGUCUCUUUUGCCGGGAAAUCAUUAAAACUCGAUUCUGAAGAAGACGCAAAACCUGUAAUUGAGGAAAUAGACAAUUGUCCUGCCUUGGAGUAUCUUAACCUAGAAGGAAAUACACUAGGAGUGGAUGCCGCCAAGGGGAUAGCAAAAUCUCUAGAAAAACAUCCUGAAUUCAAAAAAGCACUAUGGAAAGACAUGUUUACUGGUCGUAUGAAAACUGAAAUUCCCAAAGCAUUGGAAUUUUUAGGUGAUGGUCUUCAAAUAGCAGGCGCUAGAUUAACAGAGCUAGAUUUAAGUGAUAAUGCUUUUGGUCCAAUUGGUGUUCAAGGUUUGGCUGCACUGUUAAGAAGCCCGGCAUGCUAUGCUUUACAAGAAUUAAAAUUAAAUAACAAUGGCUUAGGAAUAACUGGAGGCAAAUUACUAGCAGCGGCCCUAACAGAUUGUUACAAUUCCAGUAAAAAUGAGGGCAAGGCUCUGGCCCUUAAAGUAUUUAUCGCUGGAAGAAACAGGUUAGAAAAUGAUGGAGCUAAGGCAUUGGCAGGAGUUUUUAAGAUGAUUGGUAGUUUAGAAGAAGUAGUUAUGCCUCAAAAUGGCAUAUAUCAUAUUGGAAUUACUGCAUUAUCAGAAGCAUUUGUCCACAACAAAGGCCUACAAAUUUUAAAUUUAAAUGAUAAUACUAUUGGAGAAAAGGGAGCUGAAGCAAUUGCAAAUGCCUUACCUAACUUGCAGAAUUUGAAGGAAAUUAAUUUUGGUGAUUGUUUAUUAAAGACUAAGGGAGCUUUAUGCAUAGCUAAAGGAUUGAAAGCUAAACAUCAGAAUUUAGAAGAACUUAUUCUGGAUUGCAAUGAAAUUAAAAAGCAAGGGGGUCUGGCCUUGGCAAAUGCAAUGGCUAAUAAAAGCAAAUUAAAAAAUUUGGUAUUGGAUGGUAAUCAGUUUGGUGAAGAAGGAGCCGCAGAUAUAAAGAGUAAAAUGAUUGAAAUUGGCAAAAUCAAUACAUUAGGAUCAUUAGAGGAGAAUGAAUCAGAAGAAAGUGGUGAGUCAGAUGCAGAGUCGGAAGAAGAAAAUGAGGAAUCUGAAGAGAACGAGGUUGAAAUUGAAGAGAUUGAGAAACCUUCCUCUACGGUAUCAGUAGCUGAUUUUCUAAAAGAACCGAGCUCUCACAAUUUUCUAUCAUUAGGUGAUAAUAGGGAACAGCUUAUUCUACAGGAAGCCAAGAGAAACGGAAACAUUGAAGUGGAUCAUUAUGUGGUUGUUCUUAUGAAGGUGGCGGCCCUCAGUGACAGUUCAAUACCAAAAAUAGCUCAACUUUCCACUAAAAUAACAGAAAAUUUAUUUAAAGAACUGUUUAGCUGGUGUCAGAAAAACGAUAUGUUGUCUAUUGUGAAUAAUAGCAUCUUGGUCAAUUUGGGUCUAAUAAAGAGCGAGGACAAAAAGUUCAAGCCCACGUGGAAUUUAACGGGAUGCCUGACGUCACUGAAAAACGUUUCGAAAUUGAACUUUGUGCCAGAAAGUACUAGGGAUGCUAUACAAGUGUUUGUACAGAGGGAUAUAGAUAGAAAUGGUGACAACAUAGAACUAAAAAAAGAGGUUUUGGCUGCUUUUAAAUAAACUUUUUACACCUUUA